GCGCCCUAGAUGAGUCUUAAAUUCGGGAAAUGCUGAGUGCACAAGACCUGCACUUGGUGGAGUAAUACUAAUUACCAGCGGCGGCGAGGACCCGCCCAUUUGACAAGCAACCCCCACCGGUGCGCACCGACAGACCCAUGCCCUGCGGGAGCCAGACAGGUCCCCUGGGAGAAUGGGUGCGCAUCUCCUGGAGUAAAGUUGUAGCACCUAAAGCAUCCACUGCAGAGAAAAUAACAUUGGAGACAUUUUCUGGUCACCAGUGAUAUCAGAGGAAAAACCAGUGUCGACGCGUGCUCGCCUGUGUGUGUCUCAUUGAACUGCUUAUUAUAAAUCUACUUAGUAAUGAAGCCACCAUUAUGUCCUCCGUCAGUGAAGUAAAUGUUGAUAUCAGAGAUUUCCUGAUGAGCAUUAAUUUGGAGCAGUAUCUCCUACACUUCCGGGAGUUUGGUUUUAAUACUGUGAAGGACUGUGCGGCCAUCAAUGACAGCGUGCUCCACAAAAUUGGAAUAUUGCCUACAGGACACCGGAGGAGGAUACUUAAACAGUUACAGAUAAUCUUGACAAAAAUGCAAGAUAUCCCAAUAUAUGCUAAUGUUCAUAAAGCAAAGAAGAAUGAGGAGACUUCCAAGGAUGGCCAGGCUCCCUCUUCUGAUCAGAAUACCUGUGUAGAACCUGCAGAUCCAGGUAGUGCUCAGACACCUAGCCCAACACAUUUGGAGAGUGUUACAGAAAGUCUUGAUCAAAAUGACAUCGAUGUGGAAAACAGCCAAUCUCUUCAAUCAGAUGAUAAAUUGUCUCUUCCUAAACACAACUUUUCCGUUCCAGAAGAAGAACCACACCCGAAUUUGGGUUCUUUUCAAGAUUCUUUACUUGGUAAUGAUAGUAUUAAAAUAGACUCUUCGAUUACAACGAAAAAUAUGGAUUGCACAAUUGUAAAACAAACAGAAAACGUUGAUUUAAUCUCAGAAAAUGUGAGCGAGCCUCCUAACUCAGAUGCUGAAUGCCUUUCUUCUCUCGGCUGUUCAAAAUGGGAAGCAAAUUCUGGAAAUGGAACUAAUGGUUUAUUAGAAAAAUCCCUACCAUCACCAUUCUUUCAAUUUCAAGGAGAAAUGGUUGUAAAUGAUUUAUAUAUUCCAUCGUCACCCAUCCUAACGCCUAUGAGAAGUCGUAGCAAGUUGGUUUCAAGACCUUCUCGAUCUUUUCUGCUAAGACAUCGACCUGUACCCGAGAUUCCAGGGUCAACAAAUGGACUUUCAGGGAGUUAUUUCCGUGAGAGAAGACCUGGUGCUACCUCAACUGGCAAAUCUCUGACCCAGCGAAAUCCAAAUGAGGAGAAUUCAUCUUCCAUCUUUCCUUAUGGAGAGACAUUUCUCUUCCAGAAGCUAGAAAAUUCCAAGAAGAAAUGUAUAAGAAAUGAAUUUUGGGCCCACGAAGAAACUCUGAAACAGGAUGCAACUGCUGAGAGGAACUCUUUUUUGAUAAAAUCAAGCAUAUAUGAUAACAGGAAGGAGAAAAUAAGUGAAGACAAAGUGGAAGAUAUUUGGAUACCUCGAGAGGACAAAAGCAAUAUCCCUGUUGAUUCUGCUUCAGAAUCAGAAUAUUCAACAGUGGAAGAAUGCUUUCAGAGUUUAAGAAGAAAAAAUUCAAAGGCAUCCAAAUCUAGGACUCAAAAAGCAUUGAAUUUGGACCCUGUUAAUAGGCACAGUUAUCCAUUAAGCUCAACAAGUGGAAAUGCUGAUUCAUCAGUUUCCUCAAAUGUGAUAUCUCCCUAUGCCUGUUUUUAUGGAUCAUCUGUAAAGAAGGUUAAAUCGGGAUGGCUAGACAAACUCUCCCCUCAAGGAAAACGCAUGUUUCAGAAGAGAUGGGUGAAAUUUGAUGGCCUUAGCAUUUCUUAUUACAAUAAUGAUAAGGAGAAGUAUUCAAAAGGAGUAAUUCCUCUUUCUGCUAUAUCUACAGUACGAGUUCAAGGAGACAACAAAUUUGAAGUUGUUACAACACAAAGAACUUUUGUUUUUAGAGCAGAAAAAGAGGAGGAGAGAAAUGAGUGGAUUAGCAUACUGUUAAAUGCACUGAAAUCACAGUCCCUUUCCUCACAGUCUCAAGCAGUUGUUGUUCCUGAGAAAUGUGGGUAUCUUGAAUUGAGAGGAUAUAAAGCCAAAAUUUUUACUGUAUUAAGUGGAAACAGCGUGUGGCUUUGCAAAAAUGAACAGGAUUUUAAGAGUGGACUUGGAAUUACCAUAAUUCCUAUGAAUGUAGCAAAUGUAAAGCAAGUGGACAAAACUGUGAAACAAUCUUUUGAAAUUAUUACCCCCUACAGAAGUUUUAGCUUUACAGCAGAGUCUGAAAAAGAAAAACAAGAGUGGAUUGAAGCUGUGCAGCAAUCGAUAGCAGAAACUCUCUCUGAUUAUGAAGUAGCUGAGAAGAUUUGGUUCAAUGAGUCCAACAGGAGCUGUGCAGAUUGUAAAGCCCCAGAUCCUGACUGGGCAUCCAUCAACCUCUGUGUUGUCAUCUGUAAGAAGUGUGCAGGACAACAUAGAUCUUUAGGACCAAAAGAUUCCAAGGUUAGAAGUCUCAAAAUGGAUGCCAGCAUUUGGAGCAAUGAACUCAUCGAGCUUUUUAUCGUCAUUGGAAACAAGAGAGCAAAUGACUUUUGGGCUGGUAAUCUUAAAAAAGAUGAAGAAUUACAAGUGGAUUCACCAGUAGAAAAGAGAAAAAACUUUAUCACUCAGAAGUACAAAGAAGGAAGGUUCCGAAAAACCCUUUUGGCAUCUCUCACCAAAGAAGAAUUAAAUAAGGCUCUGUGUGCUGCUGUAGUGAAACCAGAUGUUCUGGAAACAAUGGCUUUGCUGUUCAGUGGAGCAGAUGUCAUGUGUGCAACUGGAGACCCCUUGUACAGCACCCCCUACCUGCUGGCCAAGAAGGCUGGGCAGAGUCUGCAAAUGGAAUUUCUCUACCAUAACAAAUUCUCAGAUUUCCCUCAGCAUGACAUUCAUUCUGAAGCUGGGUUAAAUCAAGAAUCCUCCCAGUCCAUGUUUCUCUGUGACUUUUUGUAUCAGGCACCUUCUGCUGCUUCUAAACUGUCUUCGGAGAAAAAAGUGCUGGAAGAGACAAAUAAGAAGUGGUGUGUUUUGGAAGGAGGGUUCUUGAGUUACUAUGAGAAUGAUAAGUCUACCACACCUAAUGGCACCAUUAAUAUCAAUGAAGUGAUCUGCCUGGCUGUACACAAAGAAGACUUUUAUUUAAAUACUGGGCCCAUCUUUACCUUUGAAAUCUAUUUACCUUCAGAACGUGCAUUUUUAUUUGGAGCUGAAACAUCUCAAGCUCAAAGAAAAUGGACAGAGGCAAUAGCCAAGCAUUUUGUUCCCUUUGUUGCUGAAAACUUAACAGAAGCCGACUAUGAUUUGAUUGGUCAACUUUACUACAAAGAUUGCCAUGCCCUGGAUCAGUGGAGAAAAGGCUGGUUUGCUAUGGACAAAUCUAGUUUGCGUUUUUGCCUUCAAAUACAAGAAGUUCAGGAAGAUAGAAUGCACUUAAGGAGACUGCAAGAGCUAACAAUCAGCACAAUGGUUCAAAAUGGGGAAAAAUUGGAUGUCUUGCUACUAGUUGAAAAAGGAAGAGCAUUAUACAUCCAUGGGCAUACCAAGUUGGAUUUCACAGUCUGGCAUACUGCAAUUGAAAAAGCAGCAGGUACAGAUGGUAAUGCAUUACAAGAUCAGCAGCUCAGCAAAAAUGACGUGCCCAUUAUCGUGAACAGCUGUAUAGCAUUUGUUACACAGUAUGGUUUAGGCUGCAAAUAUAUUUAUCAAAAGAAUGGUGAUCCUAUACACAUUCGUGAACUCUUGGAGAAUUUCAAAAAGGAUGCAAGAAGCUUUAAGUUGAGGGCUGGCAAACAUCAGCUUGAAGAUGUUACUGGUGUGUUGAAAAGUUUCCUGUCUGACAUUGAUGAUGCACUUCUUACCAAGGAGCUCUACCCGUACUGGAUCUCUGCUUUAGAUACCCAAGAUGAAAAGGAAAGAAUUAAAAAGUAUGGCGCAUUUAUACGGACUCUUCCUGGGGUCAACCGAGCAACGUUGGCAGCUAUAAUUGAACACCUUUACAGGGUUCAGAAAUGCGCAGAAAUCAAUCACAUGACUGCCCAUAACUUGGCCUUGGUUUUCUCAUCCUGUUUAUUUCAAACCAAGGGACAAACUAGUGAAGAAGUGAAUGUCAUUGAGGACUUAAUAAAUAAUUAUGUUGAAAUAUUUGAGGUUAAAGAAGACCAAGUCAAACAAAUGGACAUAGAAAAUAGCUUUAUUACCAAGUGGAAAGACACCCAAGUUUCCCAGGCUGGAGAUUUAUUGAUAGAAGUUUACGUGGAAAGGAAGGAACCUGACUGUAGCAUUAUAAUCCGGAUAUCUCCUAUAAUGGAAGCAGAAGAAUUAACUAAUGAUAUAUUAGCAAUAAAAAAUAUUAUUCCUUCAAAAGGUGAUAUCUGGGCCACAUUUGAAGUCAUUGAAAAUGAAGAGCUGGAGCGACCUCUUCACUAUACAGAGAAUGUAUUGGAGCAGGUACUUCGGUGGAGUUCAUUAGCUGAACCUGGCUCUGCUUACCUUGUGGUGAAGAGAUUCUUAACUGUUGACACAAUUAAAUACUAUAAUGAGCGGAGGACCCAGGAAAGUAUUAAAGAGGGAAUGUUGAAGAUCAAAGAAGAACCCUCUAAAAUACUAUCUGGAAAUAAAUUUCAAGACCGGUAUUUUGUCUUACGAGAUGGGUAUCUCUUUCUCUACAAGGAUCUGAAGAGCAGUAAACAUGACAAAAUGUUUUCUCUCAGUUCAAUGAAGUUUUUUCUUGGGGUAAAGAAGAAAAUGAAGCCUCCAACAAGUUGGGGAUUGACAGCAUACUUUGAAAAACAUCACUGGCACCUGUGUUGCGAUAGUUUACAAACUCAGAUGGACUGGAUGGCCUGUGUCUUCAUUGCCCAGCAUGAAAAUGAUGUCUGUCCACCAGCUGGAAAGGAACGAAAACGUUCUAUAACCAAAAACCCCAAAAUCGGAGGUUUGCCUCUAAUUCCCAUCCAGCAUGAGAAAAAUGCAACUCAAGCCCGAAGAAAUAUCGAGAGUGCAAGAGCAGAACUCGAAAGGCUGCGGUUGAGUGAAAAGCACGAUCAAGAGUAUGGGGACCAGAGUUUGAAGGAGAGAGCCUCCAUGGUGGCCCACUGCCUGGAGCAGAAGGAUGACAGACUAAGAAACCGGACCAGGAAACACCGGAGUUUAAAUUGUCUGGAGGACACAGAGACUGAGGUCCUCCAUGGGCAACAAAAGGUCCAGAGGGGCCUAAAGACAUUGAGGAAGACUGAGGAUAGGAGUUGUAAAGCUACUUUGGACUCUGAUAACAAGUUACCAUCCAAGGUCAUUGAAGAACUUAGUGCCGUUCUUCAGCGGUCAAGAACCUUUCCAAAAGAGUUACAGGAUGAGCAGCUUUUGCAGAAAUAAAUGAGCUGUCUAAAAAAUUAUUUUAUUAUGUACAGCGUUUUUUUUUUUUUUUCCUCUUUUGUUUUUUUGCAAGACAAAACUAAUGUAACUCAUUGUUUGGGAGAUUUGUCUCUAGCUUGAUUUACAGAUUAACUUUAUUUUGAUCUGAGAAGGCCUUGUACAGUUCCUCUAUAUUUGUGUAAAAGAGGCAUUGGGUUACUUUGAGUGGCCAAACUUUUAAAGUAGUUGUUUAAGUGAUGUAAUUUAUGAAUAGGAAUCUUAAACUGUACUAUAUUGUAUAAAAUGCCAUGUUUAAAUGAAGCCUAUGAAGCUGUAUGUAACACAUUUUGCACUUUGUGAAGCCUUGUAUAUGUUAAGUUACCAUAUUAUGUUAUUAGGUUUACAUAGCUUCCUCCGUAGGGAGGAGUUAUUUUAGUGGCUGCCUAUCAAUCAACACUUUGGUUUUAUAAAGAGGUAAUGAACAAAUGCCCUAAAGGGAGAUCAGUACAGAGUCAUCCUCGUUCAGUAUUAAGCAGAAAACUGCUUUUAACAAAAUAGUCUAAUGACUAUUUCCAAAAGUAAUGUUCUUCCAGCAAACAUGAAUGAUGACACUGUCCACUCUCGUUUAUGGUGUUAGUGAACCAGCCACAGAAAACAUCCACUACACUUCAGUUCUUUGAAGGGGCUGCUGAGAAGGGGCUAUAGUGAGGAGAUAGUGUGCACAGGACGUCUGUGCACAGGACUUUUGCACUGUCGCUGUGUAUGUACAAGCAAUUUUUUUAGACCUCCUUACCAUACUCUUGGUACGAAAAAAAUCACUGUUAUUUUCCUUUGCUCAUUUUUUAUUUGAAAUAAGGUGGUAAAAUCUUUCCUUGCAAUGUCAAAAUUCACUGAAAGUAUAUAAUGUCUGGUAAUUCUACACAUUUGGGAGCUACCAAUUCACAGUCUAAUCUUAUAAAAUAAAGCAGUAGUCUCUUCUCUGUGCCAAAUAAUGAAAAAGCCCUGUAUUUUUUCCUUCACCUAAAGAUCAGCCACUGAGUUGAUUUUCCCAAGACAGGCACUAUUAUCUAAUUAUAAUUUACAUUAAGAUCAGGGAAGCAGUUUUCAUUAGUUUCUUUAGAAAUGUUGGUAGGGUUGCUACAUGUGAUUAGAAGUUAUCUUAUGGAUAACUUCAACUUUAAUGCCAGCUUUACUGCUGGAAUUUCUUUUACACCCAUCUAUUUUUAAGGUGUCCGUCUUAUCAGAAUUUGUCUAUACAAAGAUCCAUACUUCAGUCAGUCCAAUUACAGUAGAGUGAUAUGCUAUUAAAUGCUAUGAAUUACUUCAUUGUGAAAUAGUGAUCAUUUAUGUUUGCUGGUGUUAAAUAGUUUGCCAUGAGUAUAUUUAUUCUUUAAAUAUAGUUUUUUGAAAAAAAAAAAAAAAAACAACUGCAGGUCAGUUUGUGAAAUAAGGCAAGAAAUUUAUAUUUUACCCUAAAUAGUACAAAUAUUCCUAGUAAAUGGUAAUAUUUGUGUUUAUGAAGAAUAUGUAAAAUUAAUAUGUUGACAAUGUUGGAAAACAGAAAAAUAUCUUGAGGUUUUAUCUGCCUUAUUUGAAUAUUUUGGAACUUGAGCUUCAAAUUUGGUAACUUCUCUUUCUCUGCCUUUCCUGUACAAUUGUUCCCGUUUUUCAAGUAUAAGGUAAGGGCUAAUGAUAACGCAUAUAUUUUCAGUCAAAAUUAAAAUGUUUUAUAAAUCUACUUGAAUGUGGUUGUUCUCAUUUUAAGAGGUUGAAGGAUGUAAUUGUGAAAUAGGUCUAAUUUAAUAUAUACUUGUAAUUUUUUCAAAUAUAUUAAUAUGAAUAUAGUUCUAUUUUAGAUGAUGCAUUUAUGCCAACAUGACACGUACUGGUGCUUCUCUGACUUUCAUUUCUAUAGCCUUAAAGUUAAAUAUUUGACUUAUAAAUAAAUCAUUACCUGAUGACUAAUCAAAGUAACACUGAGAAUUCAAAAGUAAACAAAAGUAAAUGAAGCAAAAUUAUGACUUAUGUACAUAGCCAUAUUAGCUGGUGAUUUGCGUUGUUCAGAUGACAAUUGGUAAUUCCAAAAUGUACUUUAAAAAAAUACUUUAGCAAUAUUCAGUUUAAGUACCCAAUUUAUUUGGACAGAUUGUAAUAUCCAAAUAUUUGAAUGUUUUCUCAAACUUGAUCAUUACUCUGGAGAGAAAAUGAUUAAAACUUUUACCAUCUCAUCAAAAUUUGCACCAAAAUUUUCCUGUCCUUUCUAGAAAAGAUGGUAUAAAGAUUAUGAUAUGUUUAUCUUUAAUAAUCUAGAAAUGCGAGCAAAUCAAUGACUCUUACAGGUAAUUUAUCUUUUUCUACCCCAUGUAAUUUUGUUAUUUUAAUAAUUUUCACUUAAGUUAUUCUAAAUUAUACUGCAUAUCCCUGUUUUCUCUGCCAUGGCUACUGCAUGUUGAAUGUGAAGAUUUUGAUAAUUCAUAUACUGCUAGAGAUUUAAAGCUUUUUGUAAAUUAUUGGAUUAAAAUUCAGAAUCUAAAUGUCCACACCCGAGAAGUGAAAAUAUUACCUAUCUUGUGGGCUUUAUAAAUGACUAAUUAUAUAUAAUAUAUAUUAUGUGUGUGUAUCACAUACCUGGCCCAUAAAGUAAAUUAAAUAAAUGUUAGUUUUCAAUGUACUAAUUUUUCUAGCUCUUGU